GCAGGAAGUGAUGGCGGCCGAGGGAGGAGGAAGAGCCGCCGCGGGUCAACUUUACUUCAUUGAUACCAUAGCAGGAGAUCCAGAGGUUCUGCAAGCAGAUGCUGAAACAUACUAUGAAAAACUCUUGAAGAAGUCAUUGUCCACUCCUGAUGUUUUUUCCGUCCCUGGAGGAGGAGAGGUUAAACUUGAAGAUUCCUGUGUGUGUUUUGUCCCUCUCUACCGAAAUAAUCCUACUUGCAAACUGUUGCUGUUAACUGAUCCAAAGGAUAAAGAGACAGUUUUGGCAGUUUAUUUGAGCCAGCGUUGGUGGCCUGUGGAAGAUGUUGUGAAGACGGCUGAUCCUGCUAGAGAUGGGCUUGUUUUGGUCCAGACAUUUGGAGAAAGGAUUGUCCUCUUUGUUCUGAACUGCAUUAUUUUUGGAAUGCUGGAAGGGAGUUCAGCUAAUGAUGCAUUCUUUCUACCUCACUCUGCCACCGAACGUGCCAAGAUACUCUGGAGAAGCGGCGAGGCUGCUGCCUUUUAUUCGGUCAAGAUGAAAGGGAGCCUGUGUGAUGGUACAACCAGCCAGUGCUACCUGCUGCCAGUUUUGGAUACUAUAUUCGUCCGGAGAAAGUACAGAAGAGGUGGCCUAGGGAUGAAAAUGUUGCAUGAUUUCUGUCAGUCUUUCCUGGCUGAGGAUGCCUUGGGGAUCAGCUGCCCUAUUUCUGCUGCCAUGUAUCAAGUAUGCCAGAAAUUCCUGCAAGCUCAUCCUGAGGAGCAGAAGCGACUGUGGGAAGUGGAAGCACCAGGAGAUUGGAGCCAACGAGUGAAUAUCUGGUUAAAAAUUCAGAUGGAGUCAUCUCCUUCAGGAAAGGCUGAAGUGGGCUCUUGUAUGGAGAAGACUCCAACCAGUACACUCAGACAAUCUGAUCUGGAGCAGAUGAAUAAGAGUGUUGACUGCUUUCCUGGGGUUGGGCAAGUGACAGGAGAUGCCACGGAGAAAAAAGAUGACACAACAGCAGCAGGGACUUUAAACUCACAAGGUCCUGAAGAGGAGGACUUGGAACAAGGUGCAGGCGAUGCUCAGCAACAUAAAGGACUCAGGAAAAGAGUAGGUCCUGGGAAAUCAGUUGGAGGCAAGGCCGCCAAACAAUUUAAAAUUACACCAUAAUUUCUAUUUCAGAAAUCAGCAAAAUUCAGUGUGAUCCUAAAAAUUGUAAUUGUUCUUAAGUUGUAACAGUGGAGAAAUUUCUUGAGGUAUGAUGAAAUU